CUAGUAUCUUCCUCUUGCCGUGCCGUCACCGCUUGGUCCAUGGAGCCAUCCUCCACAACCCAAGAUCAGCAAAUACAAGGCGAUGGAAGCACAUUUGGUGAAGGUGGAGCAACUCUUCACGCUUAUUCCCGGCCACGUCGGCCAGAAAGCGAGACAUUGACUUAUUUGCGCUCACUUGAGCCUGUCAUCGACAAAAGCAUCACCGCCCUCCUCCAACAAAACUCGAACCAAAGGGGAACGAUCGUGAACGACGCACAAAAACGAUCUCAAGAAGUCGAGGAGGAAGAAAACGAAGCUGAAGAACGUUCGCUCCUUGUACAAAACCUCAUCGAUGAGCUCACGUUUAAAGUUGCAAGUCUUGCCAUGGACAGACACGCUGCCCCGACCUUGGAGAAGGUAGCACGCCUCUGCACACGGAAGCAACUCGCACAUCUUCUACAUGGGUGUCUCGGCUACGCAGCAUGCCUUGCCAGUAAUCGAUAUUCUUCUCAUGUACUGCAAACCUUCCUAUCAUUGACGGGGCCCAUGCUGGAGGCUGAGUUGCUUGGUAUCGGGGAGGAAGAGGACAGGGAUGAAGGACUCGACGACAAACCGCCUUUCAGCACAGGAUCAGAGAUCGAUGAGGCUGCACCUGGAGAAGGCAUAUCAUUGGCUGACACAGCCACUAAGCUUGCAGAGGAGCUGCGAGCCUCGUGGUUGUCGUUGAUCUUUGAUUUGUGCGGGACGCACAGCAUGCGUGCUUUUUUCUGCCUCCUAGCAGGGAUGCCCGCGGUGGCGGAAAAACGCGGCCGGCAUGCCAAGCACAAGCACGGUAUUGAGACUGCUGUAGCAGUAGGUUAUCAGGGCAUUGGUGCAGGGCCCGGUGACGUACGAAGUAAAACUCAGGGGGAGACUGGAAACCUCCAUUCCACGCC